AUGAGUAUCUCAGCUCUUGGAAGCAGCACUAAAGGGAAGCCCCUACCACCAGGUGAAGAAGAACGCAAUAAUGUCCUCAAACAGAUGAAGGUUCGAACCACACUGAAGGGGGACAAGAGCUGGAUCACCAAGCAGGAUGAAUCGGAGGGCCACACUCUAGAGCUGCCCUCUGGUCGGAGUCGUGCCACAUCCUUCUCAUCAGCUGGGGAAGUCACGGAGGCCAGGCCUCCAAGCGUGAGGGCUCCCACUGGCUAUAUCAUCCGGGGAGUGUUCACCAAGCCCAUAGACAGCUCGUGUCAGCCCCAGCAGCACUUCCCCAAGGCCAACGGAGCUCCAAAAAGUGCUACCGGUCUACUGAGAGCAGCUCCUACUGGGCCUCCCCGCCCCUCCUCCUCUGGCUAUAAGAUGACCACUGAGGAUUACAAGAAGCUGGCACCCUACAAUGUCAGGCGCAGCUCAGCAUCGGGGGCUGCUGAAGAGGAAGAGGUGCCCUUCUCGUCUGACGAGCAGAAACGGAGGUCAGAGGCUGCAAGCAGUGUGGUGAGGAAGACAGCUCCCCGGGAGCACUCCUAUGUUCUGUCAGCAGCCAAGAAGAGCACCAGCAGCCCUACCCAGGAAAUGCAGGCCCCAUUCAUUGCGAAGAGGGUUGAGGUGGUGAAUGAGGACAGGCCUUCUGAGAAGAGCCAAGACCCACCUGCUCUAGCAAGAUCCCCUCCUGGCUCAAACAGUUCUUCCCCAGGCUCCAAAGACAAAGAGGCCUCCAGCCGUAGAGAGGCCAAGAGAGACUUGUUUGGUGAGGAAGCCUGCAAGAGCCCCAGUCCAGACCCUGAAAGGUCAAGCGCACAGUCACGUGAUGGCAAUGCGGGAUCCAGAGCCAUGAGCUUCCUACCUGAAGGCUUGACUGGAGCAGACAUUGGCUCUGGGAGAGGAGGCUCCAGUGCCACUCUGGCCUCUGCUGGACCAGCUGACUGGAAGAGUGACAGUCCAGUAGACCUGGAGGACAGGGAGGCACACCUGAAGGGCACCUUGGCUGGUUCUGAAGAGAAGAAUGUGGCUUCCAAGGUGGGAGAGACCUGGCAGGAGAAGCCCACAGCCCUGAGAGGUGGCCAGGGAGACCCAGCUGUACCGUCCCAGCAGCCUGCAGCCCCCAGGACCCCAGAGCCACAGAGCAGCCCCAGAAGACCUGAGCAGCUUGUAGAACUGGACAGCCAGGCCAGCAGCACCUUGGCUGGUUCUGAAGAGAAGAAUGUGGCUUCCAAGGUGGGAGAGACCUGGCAGGAGAAGCCCACAGCCCUGAGAGGUGGCCAGGGAGACCCAGCUGCACCGUCCCAGCAGCCUGCAGCCCCCAGGACCCCAGAGCCACAGAGCAGCCCCAGAAGACCUGAGCAGCUUGUAGAACUGGACAGCCAGGCCAGCAGAGUGAGAAACCCCUCGAGUUGUAUGGUCACUGUUACCGUCGCUGCCUCUACUGAGCAGCCUCAUGUUUACAUCCCAGCCUCCCCAAGUGAAUUGGACUCCAGUUCAACCAGCAAAGGGAUUCUCUUUGUGAAGGAAUACAUGAAUGCUAGUGAGGUAUCCUCCGGGAAGCCAGUGUCUUCAUGCUACAGCAGUAUUAGAAGCACUGAGGACUCAUGUGACAUGGAGAAGAAACCUGCAUGUGACAGCUCUCUGUACUCUAAGAGAACAAGUGGAAGGAUCUGUACUUACUGCAACCAGGAGAUCAGAGACUGUCCAAAGAUUACCCUAGAGCAUCUUGGCAUCUGCUGCCAUGACUAUUGCUUUAAGUGUGGGAUUUGCAGUAAACCAAUGGGUGAGCUCCUGGAUCAGAUCUUCAUUCACCGUGACACCAUCCAUUGUGGGAAAUGCUAUGAGAAGCUCUUCUAGUUCUUCCAGGCUGAGAAGAAGCUGAUGACUCCUGGACAAGUUUGGCUGUCCCCAGUUGCCCCAAGUUGCUGGCUUCUCUUCCCUUACUUUAUCCCUCCCCAUUUGACUUCGUCAUGCUUUUGCCCCUCUCAAGUUGAACUGCUUACAUCCAGUAGAGUAUCUUAAUGAUGCUCUGAUAAUUACUUGUGUUUGUAGCUUUUUAUAACUUAAGAAAGCACUUUAUGUCCAUGAUCUUAUUUCAGGCUCAAGAAAAAAGUAUUGAACAAGAAUUUAAUCUUAGCUUUCCUAAGACAGGUUGGCCUCCUGAGUUUAGGUGGUCUGGUACAAUAGGCAGGAGCAUGGGUUUCAGUGUGUCUUGACUUUUGGGACAGAGAGCAAACCCACAUUCUAGGUCACAGCUCUAAGUGUACCUUUGGGACUUGAAAGCAGGAGAACCCCUAAAGCUUCUGAGGGGCCAGGUUGAAGACUUGAUGAUGUCUGGUGGGUAAAUUGCAGACAUUGAAUGCUAGG